UACCUGAGUGAAAUUCGUUGAAAGAAGAAGAAACAGGUUGUUAUGGUAACACAGGAACGUCUUCCUUUACAGUUUGACCAAAGCUCUUUUAAUUUACAAGUUGGAUGAAAUGGUUUUAAAUCUGUCUAGCAUUUUCAGUUGAUCGCUAGCGUCAGCACUAUUGUUGUAAUCAUUCAUCUGUAAUGGAAGGAACCGAAACAGGAGCCAACAGUUAUCUUAUUAGGCCAAAUUACCAGCACAAGUUCAAAGCAGGAGUUGUGAAGGAAUGCAUUCGAGAAAUCCUGAGGGAUAAUCUUUCAGGUGUACAGUACGACCCGGAGCAGAGUCAUCUUUUAUCCACACAAUUAGCAGACACUAUUAAAGAGAAACUUAAGGAAGUGGGAUUUGAACGUUACAAGCUGGUUGUGCAGGUGGUGCUCGGAGAGCAGCGAGGAGAGGGAGUCAAGAUGGCUGCUCGUUGUUACUGGGAUGCAGACACAGACAACUACGCCCAAGACAUUUUCAUGAAUGAGAGUCUGUUCUGCGUGGCAGCCGCCUUUGGAAGCUACUACUACUGAGUGCAUGAAGAAGACAGGCAGACCAGAGUCACAGUGGGUCUGAGAGGUAGCCAUGGAGACGAGGAUGAGGCCUCUCAGUGACAGCGCUACCGUGUCUGAGGACAUGCACGACCAGGAGAAGGGUUCAAUGGUGGAUGUGAAAUAGCAGAUGUGCCCUGUCUCUGGAUCAUUGGUUGGUAGGCUUAAACUUCAGUGAGAGAGAGAGAGCUAUUAUAGAAAAAAAGUGAGGUGGUUAUUUAUAACUUAAUCAUAUGGAAACAAUAUUGUCAAAUCAUAUAAUCUCAUGAUAUAGAUUCAUACUAUAUUGUAAAAUAUACUUUUAUUCCAGCAAAGUUUGUAAUGUUAAAUUAAAAUGUAUUAUCUA